CAUGCACACUGGUUCUUGCUUCCUUUCGAGCUCCCAACCUCGAUGCUUACCCACCAUGUUCGCUCUUGGAUCGCACCAUCACUGGUUCCAUGUAUGUGCAAUCAUCUCAGCACUUGCCUUGAGCCAUAAUUCUGAGAAGCAACCAUGACAGACGACAAACCCUUGACGAGCUUUGCCCCUCCACCACUCUCUGCUGCCCUUACAGUGGCAGGAAUGGUGGGGUCCUCGCUCUACUUUUUUCCGAAAAUAGAACAUCCCGACGCCACCAUUUUUACCAACGUGGUUUUCCCCGAAAUUCUUUCCGUGAAAGAAUUGAUAGCCAUUCGACUCUUUUUUGCUUUUGUCUGCUUUGUGGGUUUUGCCACUGCUUGGUUGACUCCACCAGUCGUCGUCACGACUCCCUACAGACCAAAGUCCCGAGCUCCUCGCAUAACGUUUGAACUGGCAGGUUGGAAAAAGCACUUUCCCUUCACAUCCUGGUCCUGGAAUCUUUUGGGGAUUAGUUUUGCCCUUAAUGCCUAUAUUGCCUAUCAAGUGGAUCAGCAGCAAGAUGUCCCGGACUGGAUGGUGCGAAUGGGGUUGAUGCUAUGGGAAGUGGCGGCCCCCAUGACGCUGUUGAUUGGAGCGGUGGUCAAAUAUGCCUUGUGGCCGGCACAAAUCAAAAAAUCGGGACGCGGGGAAGGAUUCAUGACACCGCGCGCAUUGCUGCAACACAAUGCCAAUGUCAUUAUGGCCAUGGCGGAAGUGGCGCUUUUGGGUGGAAUACCCUCGCAUUUUUCACAUGCCGGUCUCAGUGUCCUGUAUGGAUGCUCCUAUGUGCUGUUUGCCUGGUCCAUCCAAACGACACUGCACGGACAAGGUCCGGCUUUUCAGUAUUUCUUUAUGGAUACCACUAUUGGCACGGAGCAUACCAUUGCGCUGUACGUCUUGCUGUCGGUCCUCAUGCUAUUCUAUGGGCUCUUUUGUACAGUCGACACGCUGCUUCAUAUGGUGGGAAACAACUUUACAGCGCACGCGACAUUUGCAUUGACCAUUUGCUCCUUGGUUUGUCGGUUCCGAGAUUGAUGGAUUUGAGCACAAUGCCCAAAACUAAAACAACAACAACCGUGACCAGCAUUUUUAGAACACAUCAAACAAACAAUCCGCAAUGGGAAUAAUGCCCAAAUAUAGCGCUGCGUGUGCAUGACAAUACACUCUCUCGAGACGAAUUCUGUGAUAUUCUGCUGUGCAGUCAAUAUAGUAGUAGAUCGCUCACUGUACCAAAAGGAAUACUACAAUACUGCGCUUGUAGUUGGUGUGGAGCACGGAAGGCUUGCUGUAUCUUAUGAAACGUAUCAGUCUUUGCCACAUGCAGUCGGGUGGCAAAAGCAUCAGUGUGUGUAAAUAGUAUUUAUUGUCUUCAAGAGCAACUGCCAAGGCUGCAAUGGCCACAAUCCAACUCUUUGACCACCACAAACACCAUAGCAUUGACAGUCGCAUCAUCAAAAUUGGGAUGCCAACCGCGGGAAGGCUUCCAAGAUCACACAGUUAGAAAGGAAUUAGAACGUUUCGUUCAACACAUGUGGUAACAUCCUAGCUCGAUAGCUUUGCGCCGCCGACAAGAGGAAGGAGAGCCCAUUGAUCACCAGCAGCAAUGCUCGAAAACUCACUGCAGCGGCAUUGUCUUCAUUCUAGGAGAAACACAUGCCAUGUGUUCACAGUGCCCUGCCAUAAACAUCGACAUCCAUGACCAUAUGUCACCAGUGAAAUGGGGCACUCACGGUCCAGGCUGUCAGAAGAGCAAACGUUCAGACCUCAGACGCACGACGGCAGGAACCCAGAACACUUGGUGGGAAGCAAAACUUGGGCUCUCCUCAUUCUCUUGGCUUCAUCGCACAAUCGUUUGAUUGUAUUCGCCAAGUCUUUGCAAAGAGGGCCGCAAAGGUCAGCUGAAUCUGACUUUUCCUCGCCCGGGUUUCGUGGCACAUGGUCCAUCUACCAUCCCUACUUUGACUCACAUGUGAUGGCAGUUCCAGUACUAUAGCCAGCAUUGAGAGAGGCUUGUUUCUCCUGGAGGCAGUUCUUGAACUAGUAGCUAGAUCAGAUUACUAUAGACGAUCAUUACGUGUAUUCAACUCCUUGACCUUAGAAUAAAUAACGUUGCCGUGUGAAGUGCCG